AAGACACCGCCAAGAUCAGUUUGUGAGCAGAGCAGACGUUGAGUGAGUAGUGUGUAGUGGAGUGUCUUAUAUCCUGCUCGAAAUUUGCUACAGUUAACUAACAGAUUGAAAGGAGCUGUUCGCAGACCCAGCGUAUUUGGAACUUUAAAUUAAAAGAACGGCUAUGCAUCGUCUACUUUGAAUUAGGAUUUAGACCUCCUCUUCCUCUGUCCACUCUGCCAACAAAAACAGUCUGGGCGCUUCAAUUGACCGAAGUAUACAGACGGGCACCUGCUGUUCAGCCUCCUGAGAAAUUACCCGCAUAGGAGGGCUUUGGCUCUCUCUUUCUUUCCAGAACCUGGUAACAUGGCGAAGGAUGCUGGUCUCAUUGAAGCCAAUGGAGAACUGAAGGUUUUCAUUGACCAGAAUCUGAGUCCAAGCAAAGGGGUCUUGUCUCUGGUCACCGUCCAUCCUACUGUCACCCUGGGCAAGCAGUUACUGCCUAAAACCCUGGGCCCUUCCAAUGUCAACAUAGCUCCUCACAUGGUGAUCGGCACUCCCCAGCGGCCCAGCGGCUCCAGCACUGUCCUGGUGGGCAGCCCCCACACUCCCAGUGCCCAGUUCCUUCAGAACCAGCAGGCCGAUACCUCGCCCUGGUCCACUGGGAAACGCAGUAAGAAGGGCGAGAAGAAUGGCAAGGGCCUGCGGCACUUCUCCAUGAAGGUCUGCGAGAAGGUGCAGAGGAAGGGCGUCACUACCUACAAUGAAGUCGCUGACGAACUGGUGGCAGAGUUCAGCUCCGUUGACAACCACAUCUCCCCCAAUGACUCGCAUGUAUAUGACCAGAAGAACAUUCGUCGACGUGUCUAUGAUGCCCUCAACGUACUGAUGGCCAUGAACAUCAUCUCCAAAGAGAAGAAGGAGAUCAAAUGGAUUGGCCUCCCCACCAAUUCAGCACAGGAGUGCCAAAACCUAGAGCUGGAACGGCAACGACGGCUUGAAAGAAUAAAGCAGAAACAGUCACAGCUGCAGGAGCUUAUCUUACAGCAAAUCGCGUUUAAGAACCUGGUGCAGCGGAACCGGCAGGCAGAGAACCAGUCUAGCAGGCCACCAGCUCCCAACUCCGUCAUUCACCUGCCUUUCAUCAUUGUCAACACCAGCAAGAAGACGGUCAUUGACUGUAGCAUCUCCAAUGACAAGUUUGAGUACCUUUUUAACUUUGACAACAUGUUCGAGAUCCACGACGACAUCGAGGUUCUGAAGCGGAUGGGAAUGGCCUGCGGGCUGGAGGCUGGGAAGUGUUCCGCUGAGGACCUGAAGAGGGCGCGCAGCUUGGUACCAAAGGCACUGGAACCUUAUGUCACAGAAAUGGCACAGGGAUCUAUAAAUAGCGUAUACAGCACUGGAGGCUCUUCUUCCAACGGAGGGCGCUACCACACUGGCAGUGAGAGUGCCGACGGAACUGCUGCCUCCAGUUACAGCGGCUCCCACUACAGCAGCUCCCGCGUGGAGACGCCUGUGUCCUACAUGGAUGACGACGACGACGAAGAUUAUGACGACAACGAUGAUGAAGAUUAGCCGUCACAUGGUCAAACAGCUGUGCUGUGUCAUUCUCCCACGCGCACACACCCAAAACAUAUUGUCACAGAAGUGCGUGUGUGUGCCUGUUGCACUGGAAACCAGAUGCAGCCUUCAGAAACCCAGGUUCCUAAAACCCGACUGCAUGCUUGGAGAUGUGGUCUUUGACUAUAGAAACCUAUCAGUGCUUUGGGGUGGUCACUCUGUUAAUAAAUUUCUAGCUUCGCUUAGAGAAUGGUGGUUGAUGGGAAGUUUAGUCCAUAGUUGGAGUUGGUGCUGUAAUAACCCCCUGCCUUCCAUCUGCACCACUGAUGUCAGCUCUGGUCUGCCGACCUCCUCCACCUCUGAAUGUUUGUGAUUGAAAGAGUAUGAAUCCCCUCCAGACUUCUCAUGUUUGAUAAAAGUAGUGAGAUCUGUGUGAAUAAAUCUCUUCUUAUUUUUA